GUAUAGGCUCCAUGUGCCUUCAUUGUUGGAAGAUACCAAUCAUAAAAGUUGAUUAUAUUUUUUGCGAUGAAAAUUUAUAAAUCAGUGUCGUAAUAUCUAUUGAUUUUUGUUAUAAAGAAUAAGAAUCUACAUAGAUUAAUAUUAAUAAUGGAUAAAAUAUCGAACUCCAUAGAGUAUCGUAAGCUUCCUAUGUUAUUUUGUAUUUUAACGUUUUCGGGUGUAUGGUGUCCUAAUGACUGGAAUCUAUCUUCGAAGACAAUGUAUAAACUCUAUACUAUUGUGCAAAUAAUUUCUGGAAUAUUAUUUUGGUUCGCAAUAUUGAUGAAUAUUUUGGUAGGAACUCACAGCGAACAGAUUUAUGAGAAUUUGUUCGCAAUAAGCACACUCUCGUAUGCGAUAUACAAAGAUUUCUUCGUUUUGAGGAAUAAGAAGCUUAUCAUGACGUUCUUACAAUUAUGUUUUGAAGAUGAAUGGUACAUACCGCAAGAUAAUAUUGAAAGAACGAUUAUAGAAAAGUAUAAUUAUGAGACCAGCUGGAUUACCCAGACCUACGCAGCCGGCAUUAUUACAGCACUCGCAGUAAAAGCAUCUACGCCAAUGUUAAAAUCUCAAACUUCAUGGGCUUUACCAAUACCAGCAUGGUGUCCAUAUCGAAUAGACAAUUUUCCUAACUAUUUCGCAGCGUACGUGCAAGAAAUUUUGGGCGGUGUGCCUAUGAUUUGCUUGCAUAUCGGCAUAGAUUCUUUAUUUGUUACACUCGUCUUACAACUAUGCACAAAAUUAGCAGUAUUAAAGUAUCGAAUGAAAACUACUUUCAAUUCUCAUGAAUUAGAAUUUGAUAUUCCUAUUAAGAAACAUCAUAAUGCAGAUAAAAUUUUAGCAAAAUUUGCCGAUAAACAUGAGCGUAUUCUACAGUUUGCGAAUCAAAUAAACUCCGCAUUUCAAGGAAUUUUAACUGGACAGGUGAUGGUAACUAUACCAAACAUUUGUAUUAAUGUUUACCUCUUAUCUCAACAUAAAGGUGGAAUUAGUUUGAAUAUUAUUGAUUCAUUCAUGUGCUUCGGUACAUGUUUGAUUCAAAUAUUCUUAUUUUGUUGGUAUGGCAAUAAAAUAACUCUUCAUAGCACAGAUGUAGAAGACGCAGUUUAUGAGAUGAACUGGCCAACUUUAACAGUUCCAAUGCAAAAGAAAUUGUUAACAAUUAUGAUUCGUACGACUCGUAAGAUCAAAUUUGCAGCUGGAACAUUUGUCAUGAACAUUGAUUCUUUUAUUGAGAUCAUAAAAACGUCAUACUCAGCAUUCAGAGUAUUGCAAGAUACUUGAAAGGAAUUAAUUAUCAAGUUAUGGAUAAUGCAUGAAAGUGCAGAAUAUUAUCAAUUUUUUUUUAAAUUAAAAUUUAAAGUGAAAAUUGA